AUGGCGACCCAACUUGUACCGUUGCCAGAGGUUGAGCGUGUCAGCGCGUCGGUUGUGAGGAUCCUAGGUGGCAAUCCUGGGAAGUUUACGCUGCAAGGAACCAACACCUACCUUAUCGGACGGGGAGCGCAGCGAAUCUUGAUCGACACGGGCGAGGGUAAGCCCGGCUGGACGUCACGGCUCCAAUCAGUUUUGCGGGAGGAAAAAGCGACGAUAAACAAGGCUCUCAUCACACAUUGGCACCACGACCAUGUAGGAGGCAUCCCAGACCUGCUCGGGAUCUGUCCUCAGGCGACAAUCUACAAGAACCAGCCCGGUGAGGGACAGCAGCCGAUCGAGGAUGGCCAAGUCUUCAGCGUAGAAGGGGCCACUCUACAAGCCUUUCAUACUCCGGGGCAUACAGUGGACCAUAUGGUGUUUGUUCUCAAGGAGGAAGAUGCGAUUUUCACUGGCGACAAUGUCCUUGGCCACGGCACGAGUGUCUUUGAAGAUCUCAAGGCCUAUCUGGCCAGCCUUCAGAAGAUGCGUGGUCGGGUAGCAGGCCGUGGCUACCCUGGCCAUGGUACGGUCAUUGAGAACGCCACUGCGAGAAUUUCCGAGUACAUCCAGCAUCGUCAGCAGCGCGAAGACGAGGUCAUUCGGGUGCUCCGGUAUGGCACACUUGUUCCCACGAAUAAUAACUCUCACGAUCCGGACCCGGUAUCCCCUGCCCGCAAGGCGUCGUGGACACCCAUCGACUUGGUCAAGGUCAUUUACCGGGAUGUGCCGGAAAACCUUCAUCUCCCGGCCUCCCACGGCAUCUUGCAAGUGCUGCUGAAGCUGGAGGAUGAGGAUAAGGUCACCCAUGAGCUAACGACGGGAGGCUGGAGCUUGAAUGGAAGGCAGACGCUAUGAUAUCAGUUACUAGUAGCUACUCGAUUCAUGUGUAUAAUUGAUGAUAAUGACUGCCACUACUAAGUAUUUUACCGGUAUCUACUCCGUAGGUAUCUAGUACUAUCUAGUAGUAGCUAGGUACGCCUCCCAAUCCAUCCACCCGCAUUUUAUCCGACAUGAGAGAUUUAUCAUCCCCUUGCUACUAGGAGAAUGCUUUGACAUCUUGCCAGGCAACUAGCCCCAAUCCCCACAGAGUGGCGUGACUGAUUGGGAAAUUUGAUUUGCAUCUCACCCCCCACAUCGAACUGCAUUUACUAAUUAGAUCCCUGGGUAGCAGUUCUGAUUUGCCUCGCGCGAAGGUAGUAGCAGCAGCAACUUCCGCAGUUUACUAUACUCCGUACUAGGUACCUACCUGUAACCACCGGUAUUGACCUCCGUCCUCCUCC